UUCAGUUUUAAAACACUCCUCUGAAGCUCUGUUGUUUCUUUUCCUAGCCACAGUUCGCAGUGUUCUGCCACAGAGAAAUGCUUUUCCACGGUUACAUAACUCGCCGAGUCUCUCCGCCGUGGAUCCUGCCGAGCAGUCCCACAAUGCAGAGCGCAUGGCGCGUCAUUGGAGGGAGCCGACGAUGAUGGCGGCGGUCGGUGCACCAGAAGUGAUCACACAACUGGAGAGCGCUGCCAAAGUUUUAAUGGCACCGCCCUCCAUGGUCAGCACAGAGCAGAGGCAGCACGCUGAACAUGUAUUCCUCUCCUUCAGGAAGUCCAAGUCCCCGUUCGCCAUCUGCAAGCACAUCCUGGAGACCAGCAAGGUGGACUAUGUGCUAUUCCAGGCAGCCACAGCCGUCAUGGAGGCCGCGGGAGUGGAUCCUGCUGGAGAAGACCAGCAUCGAGUCCCUCCGGGCGUUCCUCCUCACCUACGUGUUGCAGAGACCCAACCUGCAGAAGUACGUCCGUGAGCAGAUCCUGCUGGCUGUGGCCGUCAUCGUGAAGCGAGGCUCUCUGGACAAAAGCAUCAACUGCAAAGGCAUCUUCCACGAGGUCGGCCAGCUCAUCAGCAGCGGGAACCCCACAGUGCAAACCCUGGCCUGCUCCAUCCUCACUGCUCUGCUCAGCGAGUUCUCCAGCUCCAGCAAGACCAGCAGCAUUGGCCUCAGCAUGGAGUUCCACGGCAACUGCAAGCGCCUCUUUCAGGAGGACGGCCUGCGUCAGACCUUCAUGCUGACCAUGGAGGUGCUGCAGGAGUUCAGUCGCAGGGAGAACCUCAACGCUCAGAUGUCCUGCGUCUUCCAGCGGUACCUGGCUCUAGCCAACCAGGUCUUGAGCUGGAACUUCCUGCCUCCAAAUCUGGGGCGCCACUACAUCGCCAUGUUCGAGGCCACGCAGAACGUCACGCUGAAGCCCACGGAGUCCUGGAGGGAGGCGCUGCUGGACACCCGCGUCAUGGACCUCUUCUUCUCUCUGCCACCAAGCGACUCGUCGUCUUUGCCGCCCAAUGCCAGGUCCUAG